AUGACUCCUGGUUUAGUUCAUUAUGCUUCAUUAAGUGUUCUUAAUCAUCAUUCUUCACGUACAAUGAUUGCUGUUAUUGUAUUUACUUAUGCAGCUUUACGUAUAUCAGCUUUUGUUACUGGACGAUCUUCAGCAUUGGGACGAUGUGUUUUGAUUAAUAAUGAAUAUCAUGAUAUUCAAAAGUAUUCAACUACCAAUGGUAAUGGUCUUUGA